AUGACAACAAGUUAUUAUGAUCCAGGAGAUGUUAUCGAAUACUGCUUACUUACAAACUGAUAUAAACCGCGGCCAGAUCACCUCCAAUUUGACUCAAAAAAUCUCAAAGAUUGCAUGAUUUAUCUCAAAACAUCCAAAUUCAGAAAAUACCUUCCAUUUCUAAUCAACGAUUUAUACAUAAAAGAUCCAACAAUAUUAUCCCAGCUUUCUAUUUCCAGGAACCUCUUUAACCUCUUAAACGAGCCUAGUAACCGCCCUCUAGACGAUGAGGAUACCAUUUGUUUUCUCUGCGGAAAUAAAGAAUAUGCAAAGCUUAUUAUACAUUUGAGGAUUUAUCAUAAAUUAAGCAAAGAGAUGGUUAAGGAUUAUUUUGCAAUGUAUGAGAAUGAGUAUAAAGCGAUUGGCUCAAAAAUUGAUUAUUAUGAAGACAAAAGCACUGUAAUAUGUGAUUUAUGUAAGAAACCGUAUUGCAGUCUUUAUUAUAGAAAACAUAUUUUCGUGCAUUUUAAUCUCAGAUUUAUACCUUGUCCGAUUUGUGGAAAAUUAAGAUCGAAACAGAAUUUGAAGGGGCAUAUUUAUAGAGCACAUGAGAGGCCCGGGGGAUUGUUAAGAGAUGAUAAAUAG